AAAACAAAUGAACAACGAACGAAUUAUUUGUUGGGAAAAUUACAAACGAUGUUUUUGCAAAAAUUGUUUUUCCUAAUAUACAUUCAUAGUGUAUUCGUGAGAUCAAACCCGAUAGACCCUCCGAAUAAUGUAUAUAAUAAUAGUGAAUUCAAUAAAACCACCCCAGUUAUGAUCGCUGAAGCAGGUUACCCCGUAGAAACUCAUUGGGUAACUACGCCUGAUGGAUAUAAUCUAUGUUUACAUCGAAUUCCCCAUGCGAAAAACGGUUCGUCAAACAAGAAAGUGGUUUAUCUCCAACACGGUAUUUUGGUAUCUUCAUCUGAUUGGAUCUUGUUCGGUCCCGGGAAUUCUCUCGGGUAUAUUCUAGCAGAUUUGGGCUACGACGUUUGGAUGGGAAACGCUAGAGGAACAUACUAUUCUCGCAAUCACACAACGUUAAACCCAGACACAGACAGCAAUUUCUGGCAAUUCAGUUGGCACGAAAUUGGUUAUUACGAUUUACCAACUAUGAUAGAUUAUAUUCUACUAGAAACAGGAACUGAUGGUAUAUAUUACGUGGGACAUUCUCAAGGUACCACAACAUUUUUCGUGAUGACAUCAACACGACCUGAAUAUAACGAAAAAAUAAAAGUACAAAUCAGCUUAGCUCCGAUAGCUUACAUGAGCCAUAUGACCAGUCCUCUAUUGAGAAUACUUUCGUUUUGGGAAGGAUCCUUCGAAACUCUAAUGAAUCUCAUUGGAAUGUAUGAAUUUGUACCCGAGGAGAGCUUCUUACAUAUGCUUACAGAAGCUAUAUGCGAAACAGGAAUCGGACCUAUAUUAUGUGAAAAUGUCUUGUUCGCUAUAUGCGGUUUUAGUUUAAACGAAAUGAACACGACGAAAAUCCCGCUGAUUGUCGGACACGCUCCUGCUGGUGCUUCUACUAAGCAGAUACUCCAUUACGGCCAAGAAAUUUCAAGCGGGCAUUUUAGACAAUACGAUUUCGGCGUAAUCGAGAAUUUAAGAAAAUACGGUGCAAUGCAACCUCCGGAUUACGAUUUGUCGAAGGUUUCUGCUCCGGUUUUUCUCUUUUUUAGUUACAACGAUUGGUUGGCUGGAGUUGAAGAUGUCGAGCGAUUAUCUCACGAACUUGGGAAUCUCCAAGGUAAAUUUUCGAUAGCAGAAACUUCUUUCAAUCAUCUUGAUUUCACUUACGGAGAUCAUGCUAAAAAAUAUGUGUAUAAUGAAGUGGUUAGCAUAUUUGCUAAAAAUUAGAUGUAUCAAUGUGUUUAUUUGUGGCAUUUCUCAUUUUGUAUUUUUUAAUUGAGUUUUCUAAACUAAAUUUUACAAGUAAUUAAUAUCUACUGUGUGAACAUGUCUUAUAAAAUCCAACAGCUUACGGAAAAACUGCAGACAUCCUGCAACAACAACGUAAUUUGACUUUUGACUUGAGUUAAAAAAUAUCCCUUUCUGAGAUGAAAUUCUGCAAAAACUCUUUUGAAUGAUAAAUUGGCUGUUCAAUUUUUAUUUUCUUGAAAAAUUGUCGUUAUUUAGUUCAAUCUGUUUGAAUUUUUGAAUUUUCAAAUUAAAUUUGAUAGAAAAUUAGCGUUUCUAAGCAAAACUUUUAAAUCCUUAAGUAGUUGAGACCUUUUCUAAAUUAAGUUUGAUGAAAAAUUGGCCUUUAAUACUUAAGCUUGUUCGAACAUAGACUAUUUCAAGUAUAAUUCGAGAAAAAAUAUGUUUUCCUAGUUUAUUUUUGCAUAUAAAUUUGUUUUUUGGAAUUAAAAGAAUCAAUAAUUGAUUUUUUAAAGUUUAUUUUCGUUAAAAAUUGGUUAUUUCAUGUAUAAAUUGAUCAUAAAUUUAUUUUCUUAUGUACUACUUAUGUAAAAAUUGACUUUUUUGAGUUUAAAUAUAUCAAAAAUUGGCUUUUUAAAGUUGAUUUUGAUCAAAAUUAUAAGUUCGAUUAGUUUCGAGAUUCUCUUUUUUGAAUUUUUUAAAUUUUCUCAUUGAGUUUGAUAAAAAAUUUGUGUUUUUGAGCAAAAAUAUGAAAUAUAAACUUUAAUGUUAUCCAAAUACAGCUUGUAUGUAGGUAUGUAUGGUAAAGUCCUGAUUAAUUUGUGUACUUUUUUUGUAAUUUAUAUUUUGGCGGUAAGUGUUGUAUGGUUUGUAAACUCGUUGGUUAGCUUACAAAUCAACCAAUUCUAGUAGCUAGUUUAGUUAAACUAAAACUAUAUUUAUCAUCAAAAUAACAUCACGUUUGGAUAGUUUGUAUACUAACGUCACCUAACUAACCUGACAGCCUAGGGAUGGAUAUCGAUGAUUCAAUGUUAUCAAAUCAUCGAGGGUUUUACGAAAACAUCGAUGUUUUUUCAAUCGAUGUUUUGCAGUUAUCGAUGGUUUUAAAUAAACAUCGAUGUUUUGGUAAUUUAAAUAAUUCCUGGUUGUUGAAAAGCUACUUCAAUUAAUAAAUUUGCAAUUAGCCAAGACUAAUUAUUUCAUUAUUUGAAUCACCUCCAAUGAAUAAAGAAGGUUGUGGAAUACUUUUGUGUUGUGUACGUUUUGAGUGAGGUUCAGGUAUUGUUAUUAUUCAUAUUUAUUCGUAAGUUGUAUUGUAUCGUUUUUUCCGUUAGUCUGUUACAGUUACGUUUGUGUCAAAUUUGUGUCGUUUACGCUUUUAAAUUUCAAAUAUUAAACAAAAUGGGCCCAAAAAGUGAAAUAUAGCUUCAUUUCGAUCAGUGUGAAAAAAAGAAACAAUCGACAGAUAAAUCAAAGCCCGAAGAACUUUCAUUAUUAUUACAACUUGAAUUGUAAAAUUUAUUUCUUUUUAAUAAAGUUUGAUUUGAAUCUCAUAA